GUACCUUUGUCCAGCCGUGUGGCUGCAAAGAAGAAAGUCUCCAAACGGGUGAAACCGAGAUGGCUUAAUGUUGUCAGAUUAUUCACUAAGAAUUUGUUAUUUUUGUUGAUCCUGAUGGGAUUGAUUUAAAUGGUACGGAGAUUGGUUAUGGAUUUUAGCACACUAAAUAUUGACGGACUAGCUGUUAUCUGGGGGGAUUUCGAUGGAAAAUUUGCAGAGGCUGAGGCUUUUGUGAAGAAGACCACUAAAAUGAUGCAGGUUCAAGUAGAGCUGAUCGAGAGAAAACUAGAAAAUGAAAUCCAAAAUGUAAAAGGUGAAUUUAGUAAAAAUCUUGAGGGAAAAGAAGCUGAAUUCGAGUCAAAACUUAAUGAGUUGGAUGAAAGGACUGUGAAUUUGGAGUCAUAUGUGUUCAAAAUGGGAGUAGAAAAUUGGUUGUCAAAAGAAGAGUUUGAUAAGUUCCUGGAAGAGUCAAGGAGAAAAAAUCAAAUGGAGCAAUGGAUUUGUCCAAGUCAGAAUGCCAGGGCAGCCAUUAUUCUAGAAGCUGUGACUCUGGAGCAUGUUGCUAAGAGUGUUGCUUAUGAUAGGUCUGGUGCUCCCAAGGACUGCAGGGUCUUUGGAUGGCUCCAAGGUGAAGAUACGAGUGGUGAUGAAACUUCACAUAGUGACAAGAGGUUUCUGUUGACGGAAUUCACCUAUUAUCUUGAGAAGAGCAAUGUCCAAACUUACAAAGUGGCGCAGCCUGCAGAGACCGUUGUUGUGGACACCAUAAGAUUCUGUGUAACUACCACAACCUACUCUAUACAACUUGAAGGUGAGAGUUAUGGGUUCUUUAAGGGAGGCAAGGGAUUGAGACAAGGUGAUCCUAUUUCACCUCUUCUAUUUGUGCUUAUCAUGGAAUAUCUUACUAGAUCCUUCCUCUUUUAUGCUAGUAAGAUAAAGUUUGGGUAUCACCCACUUUGCAAAUCUCUUAAUCUUAUCAGCAUCAGUUUUGCGGAUGAUCUAAUUGUUGCUUGCAAAGCUGAGGAACAAUCUAUUAACUGCAUAAUGAUGGCUCUGAAACAUUUUAAAGAUACCACAGGAUUGUCAAUCAGUCCAACAAAAUCUGAGAUUAUCUUUGGUGGAGUCACAAAGCAGUUAGAAGACAAAAUUCUGCAGGCAACCAAAAUGAGAAAAGGGGUCCUGCCACUCAGAUAUCUAGGAGGGCAUGUUACCUCUUCCAGAAUUAGCGAGAAGGAUUGUGAGAGACUCUUGGAGAAAAUGACCAUAAAGAUUAGUUCUUGGAUGACUAAGCAUUUAUCCUGUGCUGGUAAGGCUAAACUAAUAAAUUCUGUCUUAAUCCAAACCAAGGUAAGGCUGAGCAAAUUCCUCCCGAUUGAUACUCUAUGUCUUCUCUGCCAGAAUGGUGAUGAGGACAGCCAACAUCUAUUCUGCACCUGUCCUUAUGCUAAGAAAAUAUACAUGAAGGUCUAUAGCUGGUGCUCCUAUAAGUUUGAGGAUGACAAUUUAGAAGAGAUGAUUACAAAGAUCCAGAAUAUCACUCCCAUGAAGAAAAGAAAGAAGAUCAAUGCCAUAUUUGCAGCAAGCUCAUACUGCAUAUGGAGAAGUAGGAAUCAGAAGCUGCACAAGAAUAUUGUUAUCUCUACAGAGGAAGCAUUUUACUGGAUAAAGGGUCAUGUUAGCACCUUCUUGCGCUCAAGACACAAAGAUGUAGGCUAAGGUGGAUGCUUGGGUGUACUGCAUUUUGUUUUAUUGAACUCUGAUUAUGAUGUAGUAGGAUUGGAAUGGAUUACCUUUAUAUCUGUCUUUGUAUAUUGAAAUAUGAAUAAAAUCUCUGCUUUUGG